UGGGAAGCAAUAAGUGCAAUUGAAUUCGGAAUUCGUAAGCUUGGCUUAUAGACAAGGAUAAAUACCUAAAUAAUAAUAAUAAUCUAAUUACGAAUGCAUUGAUUAUUAUAAUAAUGAUAUCCUUAGACACAAGCGGUUGAAUAUCUUAUAGCUUAAUUCGUACCUAUGGGUUCACAAAAUUAAUAAGGCCAACAACCUAGGUUAUAAUGAUAGAUUACUAAAACCACAAUUAGUAGAAUUAUAAGCAACAUAGCCUUCAAGACAAUUUAUACAACUUCCAUCCUAAUGACAUGAUCGACAACCAUAAUAAUCGCACUCUUUAAUAAAUAUAUUAUUUACAUAUUGGAGGCAUAGCACUAUAAUCAUAUCUACCAGUCACUAACUAGCAACCUUGUCCUUCUCCAUAAUGUGGAUAUUUACAAACUUAGCAUUUAUAUGAUCCAUUCUAAAAAGACAUUAUCAAACAGAACACAUUUAUAUCAUCAUAGAAAUCUAAUGUAUAAAUUUACUUACUUUAGCAAUAAAAUUUAUAAUGUCCAUCAGAAAGCAACUCCAUCACCAAUGUUUAAGCAUAAUUCUAGAAUCCACAGGAAAAAAAAUAUUGCACUUAAGCUAGAUUCCAAUACAAUCCUUUUUGGUAAGGUUAGAAUCUAGGAUGGCAUAAAUGCUAUGUACCAUUUGCCUCAAUUCUUACUUAUAUUUCUGUUACACCCUUGCAAAUCAAGGCGUAAGCUAUUAUAGUGCAAAUAUUUACAAACACAUUCAUGUGGAUGCAUAUCAAGCAUUUAUGUAUGCAAUUCAGGACAUUUACGAGCAAAAGUUCCAAAGGUUAAAUACCAAGAAUAAUAAUCUCUCCACCCAACUACUUGUGUGAUAAGUCGAAAUACAACUAACCACAUAAUCAUGUUUAUUUAUUUUAUCAUACUUCAUAAUAAUCAAAUUAUUUAUCUAGUUGGGAAGUUUAGUCUAAAAGUUAAAAAUAAUAUCAAUUUUUUGAAUAUUUUAUAUUAUUUCUACAUAAUUUCUCUUGCUAAACUUCUAUUUGUGAUAAGAUACAGGAGUGGGAAGUUGAUUACUUAGUAAUAACGAAUCGCUAGUUAUUGCCUAAAGCGAUCUGUAUCAUGUAGAAUGUUUCAGAAUUGUUAGGUAACGUCUAGUGCCAUUUAUAAAUAAAUGAAUAUUUGUUUUUAUUUAGGGAUAAUAUCUAUUAACCAUUUGUAAUAGAUUUAGAAAGAUCUUUUAGGUUGUAAUCUCUUCCUCUGUUUUUAGUCCUUCAAAGCUAUUAUCAGAAUGGUGAAAGUUGAAAAAGGAAAUUGUUAUAUAAAUUAUCAUAAGUUUUUAUGGGCUAAUAAUUUUCCAUUUAGAAAGGCUUUCGAGGUCAAAUAUUUGAAUUGCUAAUGA